ACCCCUUCAUCUCUUCCUUGUUCAUCUCCACACUUCCCUCACCAGAUAUUUAUUUGGUUCUCUCUCUAAACUCGGUCACUGACGAACCACUGAGUUAAACUCGUUCGCUGGGAGGUUUUGGUAGGCGGGGACAAUGGAGGAGUUAGAUCGUUCACGCGCUUUCGCUAAAGACGUCAAGCGUAUCGUCGUUAAGGUUGGAACCGCUGUUGUAACUGGGAAAGGUGGAAGAUUGGCUCUUGGUCGCUUAGGAGCUCUGUGUGAACAGCUUGCGGAAUUAAACUCGGAUGGAUUUGAGGUGAUCUUGGUGUCAUCAGGUGCGGUUGGCCUUGGCCGCCAAAGGCUUCGCUACAGACAGUUAGUCAAUAGCAGCUUUGCGGAUCUCCAGAAGCCUCAGCAUGAACUAGAUGGGAAGGCUUGUGCUGGUGUUGGACAAAGCAGUCUCAUGGCUUAUUAUGAGACUAUGUUUGACCAGCUGGAUGUGACGGCUGCUCAGCUGCUGGUGAACGACAGUAGUUUCAGAGACAAGGAGUUCAGGAAGCAACUUAAUGAAACUGUGAAGUCUAUGCUUGAUUUGAGGGUUAUUCCAAUUUUCAAUGAGAAUGAUGCUAUUAGCACCAGAAGAGCUCCUUAUCAGGAUUCGUCUGGCAUCUUCUGGGAUAACGACAGCUUAGCUGCUCUAUUGGCGUUGGAACUGAAAGCAGAUCUUCUGAUUCUUCUGAGUGAUGUUGAAGGUCUUUACACUGGCCCUCCUAGUGAUCCAAACUCAAAGCUGAUCCACACGUUCAUCAAGGAGAAACAUCAAGAUGAGAUUACAUUUGGUGACAAGUCAAGACUAGGAAGAGGAGGCAUGACUGCUAAAGUGAAGGCUGCAGUGAAUGCUGCUUAUGCUGGGAUCCCUGUCAUCAUAACCAGUGGCUAUGCAGCUGAGAACAUAGAUAAGGUCCUUAGAGGACUGCGUGUUGGAACCUUGUUCCAUCAAGAUGCUCGUUUAUGGGCUCCUAUCACUGAUUCUACUGCUCGUGACAUGGCAGUAGCUGCGAGGGAAAAUUCCAGGAAGCUUCAGGCCUUAUCUUCGGAGGAUAGGAAACAGAUUCUGUAUGCUAUCGCCGAUGCACUUGAAGCAAAUGAGAAAACAAUCAGAGCUGAGAAUGAGUUAGAUGUGGCUACAGCACAAGAAGCUGGACUUGAAGAGUCAUUGGUGGCUCGUUUGGUUAUGACACCUGCAAAGAUCUCGAGCCUUGCAGCUUCAGUUCGUAAGCUAGCUGAUAUGGAAGAUCCAAUUGGCCGUGUUCUAAAGAAAACUGAGGUGGCAGAUGGUCUUGUUUUGGAGAAGACCUCAUCCCCAUUAGGAGUACUCCUGAUUGUUUUUGAGUCUCGACCUGAUGCACUUGUACAGAUUGCUUCACUUGCCAUCCGGAGUGGAAAUGGUCUUCUACUGAAGGGUGGAAAGGAGGCCAGGAGAUCAAAUGCUAUCUUACACAAGGUGAUCACUGAUGCAAUUCCAGAGACCGUGGGUGGUAAACUCAUUGGACUUGUGACUUCAAGGGAAGAGAUUCCUGAUUUGCUCAAGCUUGAUGACGUUAUUGAUCUUGUGAUCCCAAGAGGCAGCAACAAGCUUGUUUCCCAGAUCAAAAACACUACAAAAAUCCCUGUUCUUGGUCAUGCUGAUGGAAUCUGUCAUGUAUAUGUGGACAAGGCUUGUAAUGUGGAUAUGGCUAAACGCAUAGUUUCUGAUGCAAAGUUGGAUUAUCCAGCAGCUUGUAAUGCCAUGGAAACUCUUCUUGUGCAUAAGGAUCUGGAGCAGAACGCUGUGCUCAAUGAGCUUAUAUUUGCUCUGCAGAGCAAUGGAGUCACUUUGUAUGGUGGACCAAAGGCAAGCAAAAUACUUAACCUACCAGAAGCACGGUCGUUCAAUCACGAGUACUGUUCCAAGUCGUGCACCGUUGAAGUUGUGGAAGACGUUUAUGGUGCUAUAGAUCACAUUCACCGACAUGGGAGUGCACACACAGACUGUAUUGUGACAGAGGAUCCCGAAGUUGCAGAGCUAUUCCUUCGCCAAGUGGACAGCGCUGCUGUGUUCCACAACGCAAGCACAAGGUUCUCUGAUGGUUUUCGAUUUGGACUUGGUGCUGAGGUGGGGAUAAGCACAGGCAGGAUCCAUGCCCGUGGUCCAGUGGGAGUGGAGGGACUACUUACAACCAGAUGGAUAAUGAGAGGAAAAGGACAAGUUGUGGAUGGAGACAAUGGGAUUACUUACACCCAUCAAGACAUUCCCAUCCAAGCUUAGAAGACUUUGUGUGAAGUCUCUUUGUGGUGAGAGACUUGAGGAGGAGAGGAUGGGCUUUUUGUUUCCUCUCUGCUUAAUAUCAUAUCCUACUAUUAUUAUUGUUGUUGAAACCCUCUCUUACGAAGUGAAGUGGUUUUGAUUUAGAGUUUAGGGAUUGCACCAAAAAUAAGUUCCUUUGUUCUGUUUUUACCACUUUGGUCUUUGCUCAUAAGUAAGAUUGAAGAACACUUGUAAGCUACACCUUUCUUAUUUAUCAAUUUAUCUUUAUCUCGUUGAA